UUAAUAGUUCAUUAGUUCUAAUAAACUUCAUCAAUUACUAAUCAUGUUCGUUAAGGUUGUUGUUCUUUUUUUCGCUGUGGUUGCUGUUCAGACUUCCAGCAUAGUCAGCCAUGUUGGUUUAGGUGCUCCAUUAAUCAGUUCUGGCCUCCAUGGCAUCGCUACUAAAUCUGUUUUGGUUGCUCCCGCCACCUUAUCUACUCAAAAGGCUGUCAUUAACCACGUUGCUCCAGUUGUUCAUGGUUCUCCCGCUGCAGUUGGUUAUGCUGGUCAUGGUUUAGUUGCUGGACAUGGCAUUGCAGUUGCUCCUGCAACCAUUGCUUCACAAAAGGCUGUCAUCAACCACGUUGCCGCAGUUGCUCAUGGUGCUCACGCUGCAGUUGGUUAUGCUGGUCAUGGUUUAGUUGCUGGACAUGGCAUUGCAGUCGCUCCUUCCACCAUUGCUACACAAAAGGCUGUCAUCAACCACGUUGCCCCAGUUGCUCAUGGUGCUCCCUUAGCAAUUAAUUACGCUGGUCAUGGUUUAGUUGCUGGACAUGGCAUUGCAGCAGCUCCUUCCACCAUUGCUACACAAAAGGCUGUCAUCAACCACGUCGCCCCAGUUGCUCAUGGUGCUCCCUUAGCAAUUAAUUACGCUGGUCAUGGUUUAGUUGCUGGACAUGGCAUUGCGGCCGCUCCUUCCACCAUUGCUGCACAAAAGGCUGUCAUCAACCACGUUGCUGCAGUUGCUCAUGGUGCUCCUGCUGUAAUAGGUCACGGAUUACACGCUAUGCCUGUUCUACCUGUUAAGGGAAUCCACGCCGCUCCCGCAACAGUUGCUACUCAAAAAGCUGUUAUUAACCAUGUUGCUCUCGUCAGUCAUCAUGUGGCCGCUGUCCCUGUUGCUGCUCCCGCUGCCAUUGGAUACGGUAGUCAUGGACUCGUUGCUGGUCUCGGGCUUAUCGAAGCUCCUUUAGCUUCAGGGCAUGGUUUGCUUUGAUCUUCAUACGACCUAGGCUAUAAAUCUACUUCUUUGAGCUUAGGAUUAGGAAAAACUAUUUUAUAAAUUAUUAACUUUUAAACAUAAUGUAAAAUAGGACUGUAUAAAUAAAAUAUUUAUUUUUGAAAAUAUAAAGCACUUUAUUCAUUUUUAAUUUUUAUUUCUGGUGCUGCAUAGUAAUGCGACUGGGAACUAAUAAUGCUAUUUGGGGAUCACUUUCCGACGUUGUGCAGCAAGUCUUAUUUAAGUAAUUAACAAAUAGCAAGCAUAUGUGAGACAUAUUUUUUAGGAUACGCUUUGUUGGAUUCGUAUUUACAUGAGUUAUAAAAUCUCACAUUUAUAUGAUAACAUUUUUUGUACUCAAAUCUGAGUUUUGUAUACUCUUUACAUAUUUUUUUUUCAUUUGUAUUUUUCAGUAAGUAAUAUCGAUUCGGAUUACUUGGAAGUUAGAAAUUCCCGAAUUCGUAUUCUUGCUGUUUUAAGAAAUACACGAAUCGAAAGUAGAAUGUUUCAUUCCUAAACUCUUGGUGAUAUGUACAAGCAGAGCUCUAAUCUAGCAGGGCUAUACAAGAUUUGAAAUAAAAGAAAAAAGCACUUUAAUGAUAAUAUACUGCCAACCCAUUAAUAUUAAAAUAUCAAUUAUGAAAUGCCAUUAAUUUGAAAUUAGUUAAACCACAAGAUGAUCUUUAAAAAUGUAUACUAAGUCUGGCAAAUAUCCUGCUUGUUAUUAUAGGAUUAUUCCAUAUUAUAUAUAGUAAGAUACCAAUGGAAUAU